GCUACGGCGCCGCCAAGAAGAAGAAGAAGACGAAGGAGAAGAAGGAAAGGAAGCCCCGGAAGAAGAAGAGGGAGGAAGAGGAGGAUGAUGACGACGAUGACGAUGGCAACAUGAAGGAGCCCAAGGCGUCGGCCCAGUUGAUGCUGGAGUGGGGCCUGGAGGACGUGCAGUACGGCUUCACCGAGGAGGACUACACCACCAUCACCAACUACAAGGCCUUCAGCCAGUUCCUCAGGCCUCUAAUCGCUAAGAAGAACCCCAAGAUCCCCAUGUCCAAGAUGAUGACCGUGCUGGGCGCCAAGUGGCGCGAGUUCAGCGCCAACAACCCCUUCAAAGGCUCCUCGGCCAACGCCGUGGCCGCCGCCGUGGCCGCCGCCGUGGAAACGGUUACCGUGACGCAGCCCGUCUCCUUCAGCAGCAGCAGCGGCAGCCAGCCGGGGUCCGGCCUGGGGCUGCUGAAGAAGGCCAAGACCAAGGAGGGGAAGGGACCGGGGGUCAGGAAGAAGAGCAGGAGCUCCAAGGAGGUGAAGAGGAAGGCCAAGCCCAAGAAGACCAAGUCCAAGUCUGGGGGCAGGAAGAAGAGGGCCUCUUCUAGUGAGGAUGACUUCCUGGAUGAGUCGGACUUUGAUGACAUCAGCGUCCACAGCGCCACGGUGCUGUCCGACACCGUGGCAACCGCCGCCGCCGCCGCCAAGAAGAAGGCUCGCCGAGGGAGGAAGAAGAGGAAAAGGGAGGACGGGGACGGCUACGAGACGGACCACCAGGACUACUGCGAGGUGUGCCAGCAGGGCGGCGAGAUCAUCCUGUGUGACACGUGCCCCCGGGCGUACCACCUGGUGUGUCUGGAGCCCGAGCUGGAGAAGGCCCCGGAGGGCAAGUGGAGCUGCCCCCACUGCGAGAAGGAGGGCAUCCAGUGGGAGGCCAAGAUGGAGGAGGAGGAGGAGGAGGAGGAGGAGGAGGAGGUGGUGAUCGAGGAGGAGGACGACCACAUGGAGUUCUGCCGCGUGUGUAAGGACGGCGGGGAGCUGCUGUGCUGCGACACCUGUCCGUCAUCCUACCACAUCCACUGCCUGAACCCACCCCUCCCCGAGAUCCCCAACGGGGAGUGGCUGUGUCCGCGCUGCAUGUGCCCGCCGCUGAAGGGGAAGGUCCAGAAGAUCCUCCACUGGACCUGGGGGGAGCCCCCGCUGCCGGCCCAGCCCCCCCCCCGCCCCGACGGCACGCCCACCGACCCGCUGCUCAAGCCCCCGCUGAAGGGCCACCCCGAGAGGGAGUUCUUCGUCAAGUGGGGGGCCCUGUCCUACUGGCACUGCUCCUGGAUCAGCGAGCUGCAGCUGGAGCUCUACCACACCGUCAUGUACCGCAACUACCAGCGCAAGAACGACAUGGACGAGCCCCCGCCCUUUGACUACGGCUCUGGGGAGGAGGAGCUUAACAACGAGAAGAGGAAGAGCAAGGACCCCCAAUACGCCAUGAUGGAAGAGCGCUUCUACCGCUACGGCAUCAAGCCUGAGUGGCUGAUCAUCCACCGCGUGGUCAACCACAGCUUCGACAAGGACAGUGACGUGCACUACCUGACCAAGUGGAGGGACCUGGCGUACGACCAGAGCACCUGGGAGAGGGACGACUUCGACGUCCCGGACUACGACACGCAGAAGGCCCUCUACUGGGACCACAGAGAGCAGAUACUCGGGGAGGACCAGCGCCCCCUGCUGGUCAAGAGGGGGAAGAAGUUAAAGGAAGACCAUCCCAAGAGGGAAAUCCCCCCUGACGCUCCCAUCAUCGAUCCCACCAUAAAGUUUGAGCACCAGCCGUGGUACAUCAACGCCACGGGGGGCACGCUGCACCCCUACCAGCUGGAGGGGCUGAACUGGCUGCGGUUCUCCUGGGCCCAGGGCACCGACACCAUCCUGGCCGACGAGAUGGGCCUGGGCAAGACGGUCCAGACCAUCGUGUUCCUGUACUCGCUCUACAAGGAGGGUCACUCCAAGGGCCCCUUCCUGGUGAGCGCCCCCCUCUCCACCAUCAUCAACUGGGAGCGGGAGUUUGAGCUGUGGGCGCCCGACUUCUACGUGGUGACGUACACGGGCGACAAGGACAGCCGCGCCGUCAUCAGGGACAACGAGUUCACCUUCGAGGACAGCGCCGUCAAGACCGGCCGCAAGGUGUUCCGCAUGAAGAAAGACACGCCCAUCAAGUUCCACGUGCUGCUCACCUCCUACGAGCUGAUCACCAUCGACCAGGCCGCUCUGGGCUCCAUUAACUGGGCCUGCCUGGUGGUGGACGAGGCCCACCGACUCAAGAACAACCAGUCCAAGUUCUUCAGGAUACUCAACGGCUACAAGAUCUACUACAAGCUGCUGCUGACCGGAACACCCCUUCAGAACAAUCUGGAAGAACUCUUCCACCUUCUCAACUUCCUCACGCCAGAGCGCUUUAACAACCUGGACGGCUUCCUGGAGGAGUUUGCUGACAUCUCCAAGGAGGACCAGAUCAAGAAGCUCCACGACCUGCUGGGGCCCCACAUGCUGCGCCGGCUGAAGGCCGACGUCUUCAAGAACAUGCCCUCCAAGACGGAGCUCAUCGUCAGGGUGGAGCUCAGCCCCAUGCAGAAGAAGUACUAUAAGUUCAUCCUGACGCGGAACUUUGAGGCACUGAACUCCAAGGGCGGAGGGAACCAGGUGUCACUGCUCAACAUCAUGAUGGACCUGAAGAAGUGCUGCAACCACCCCUACCUGUUCCCCGUGGCGUCCAUGGAAGCGCCGGUGACUGCCAGCGGCUCGUACGACGGGAACCAGCUGGUGAAGUCCUCGGGGAAGCUGACGCUCAUGCAGAAGAUGAUGAGGAAGCUGAAGGACCAGGGACACCGUGUCCUCAUCUUCUCCCAGAUGACCAAGAUGCUGGACCUGCUGGAGGACUUCCUGGAGUACGAGGGCUACAAGUACGAGAGGAUCGACGGGGGCAUCACCGGGGGGCUGCGGCAGGAGGCCAUCGACCGCUUCAACGCGCCGGGUGCUCAGCAGUUCUGCUUCCUGCUGUCCACGCGUGCGGGCGGCCUGGGAAUCAACCUGGCCACCGCCGACACCGUCAUCAUCUACGACUCUGACUGGAACCCCCACAACGACAUACAGGCGUUCAGCCGGGCCCACCGCAUCGGGCAGAACAGGAAGGUGAUGAUCUACCGCUUCGUGACGCGGGCCAGCGUUGAGGAGCGCAUCACGGAGGUGGCCAAGAGGAAGAUGAUGCUGACCCACCUGGUGGUGCGGCCCGGCCUGGGCUCCAAGACUGGCUCCAUGUCCAAGCAGGAGCUGGACGACAUCCUCAAGUUCGGCACCGAGGAGCUGUUCAAGGACGAGAUGGAGGCGGCGCGUGCCAUGGGCAUGAUCAAAGGGGAGAUGAAGGAGUGCGACGAGGGCAGUGUGAUCCACUACGACGACAACGCCAUCUCCAAGCUGCUGGACCGCAGCCAAGACAACACGGAGGACACGGAGAUCCAGAACAUGAACGAGUACCUGAGCUCCUUCAAGGUGGCCAAGUACGUUGUGAAGGAGGAGGACGGAGAGGAGGAGCCUCAGAGGGAGAUCAUCAAGCAGGAGGAGAACGUGGACCCGGACUACUGGGAGAAGCUGCUGCGCCACCACUACGAGCAGCAGCAGGAGGACCUGGCCCGCAACCUGGGCAAGGGCAAGAGGAUCCGCAAGCAGGUCAACUACAACGACGCAACGCAGGAGGACCAAGACAAUCAAUCCGAGUACUCCGUGGGGUCCGAAGACGAGGACGAAGACUUCGAGGAGAGACCUGAAGGCGGACGCCGCCACUCCCGCCGCCAGCUGAGAGGGGAGAAGGACAAGCCCCUGCCGCCCCUGCUGGCCCGCGUGGGGGGCAGCAUCGAGGUGCUGGGGUUCAACGCCCGGCAGAGGAAGGCCUUCCUGAACGCCAUCAUGCGCUGGGGCAUGCCCCCCCAGGACGCCUUCAACUCCCACUGGCUGGUGCGCGACCUGCGGGGCAAGAGCGAGCGGGAGUUCAGGGCGUACGUCUCUCUGUUCAUGAGACACCUCUGUGAGCCGGGGGCCGACGGGGCCGAAACCUUCGCCGACGGGGUCCCGCGCGAGGGCCUGUCCCGCCAGCACGUCCUCACGCGCAUCGGGGUCAUGUCGCUGGUCCGGAAGAAGGUCCAGGAGUUUGAGCACGUCAACGGUAAGCUGAGUUCCCCGGACCUCAUCCCCAUCGGGAUGGAGCUGAAGAAGCUGACCGAGAGCCUGUCGUCAGACCCCAACACCCCGGUGGCAGCCAGUCCCGCCGCCACGCAGCCUGGGACCCCCGUCCCCGCAGAAAAACUGGAGUCUCUGUCUGGCUCCACUGAGGAGAAGGAAUCCCCGGAGCCGGACAGCAAGAAACACCAUGAACAGGAAGCCAGUGUCGGAGGAGAGCCCGCCCCCACCCAAGAGAAGCCCCCCGACAGCCCGGAGCCCAAGGGGGGGGCGGAGAGGGGGCCGGAGCCCGAGGAGAGGGAGAGGGCCGGGUCGCCCGCCCCCACCAAGGGAGAGUCGUCCAGCAGCCAAUCAAAAGAGCCGACGGCCAAGGCCUCAGACCCGCCCUCCAAUGAGAGCGCAGCUAAAGUGGACCCCUGUCAGGAAACGCCAGAGAAGUCCUCAGAGAAGGGAGAGAGUGAACCCGUAUCCAAGACCGACGAUAAGGAACACAAGCCAGCCGCUGCGGACGAGGUGAAGAGCGAGGAGGCGGUGUCCGAGGGGCGGCUGAACGGAGAGAAGGACCCCCCCGAGGAGACAGAGGAGAGGAAGGAGGACAGGAACGGCUUCAAGACCAGAUUCAUGUUCAACAUCGCCGACGGAGGCUUCACGGAACUCCACACUCUGUGGCAGACCGAGGAGCGAGCCGCCCUGACCUCCGGAAAGAUCUACGACAUCUGGCACCGUCGCCAUGACUACUGGCUGCUGGCUGGCAUCGUCACACACGGCUACGCGCGCUGGCAGGACAUCCAGAACGACCCUCGCUACGCCAUCCUCAAUGAGCCCUUCAAGACGGAGAUGCACAAGGGCAACUACCUGGAGAUGAAGAACAAGUUCCUGGCCCGGCGCUUCAAGCUCCUGGAGCAGGCCCUGGUGAUCGAGGAGCAGCUGCGGCGGGCGGCCUACCUCAACAUGAGCCAGGACCCGGGCCACCCGGCCAUGGCGCUCAACGCCCGCUUCAGCGAGGUGGAGUGUCUGGCCGAGGCCCACCAGCACCUCAGCAAGGAGUCGCUGGCCGGCAACAAGCCCGCCAACGCAGUGCUGCACAAAGUGCUGAACCAGCUGGAGGAGCUGCUGAGCGACAUGAAGGCGGACGUGACCCGGCUGCCCAACAUGCUGACCCGGAUCCCCCCGGUGUCGGCCCGCCUGCAGAUGUCCGAGAGGAGCAUCCUGAGCCGGCUCACCAACCGGGGCGGCGAGGCGCCCCCCCCCGCGCCGCAGGUCCAGGGCAGCCACGUACUGCAGGAUAGUCUCGCUGUAGUCCUUAGUGUGUCGGACCUUCAUUCAGGAGGGCUCUGGGUGGCUGUAGUCCUCAGUGUGUCGGACCUUCAUUCAGGAGGGCUCUGGGUGGCUUUAGUCCUUAGUGUGUCAGACUUUCAUUCAGGAGGGCUCUGGGUGGCUGUAGUCCUCAGUGUGUCGGACCUUCAUUCAGGAGGGCUCUGGGUGGCUGUAGUCCUUAGUGUGUCGGACCUUCACUCAGGAGGGCUCUGGGUGGCUGUAGUCCUUAGUGUGUCGGACCUUCAUUCAGGAGGGCUCUGGGUGGCUGUAGUCCUUAGUGUGUCGGAACCUUCAUUCAGGAGGGCUCUGGGUGGCUGUAGUCCUAAGUGUGUCGGACCUUCCUUCAGGAGGGCUCUGGGUGGCUGUAGUCCUUAGUGUGUCGGACCUUCAUUCAGGAGGGCUCUGGGUGGCUGUAGUCCUUAGUGUGUCGGACCUUCAUUCAGGAGGGCUCUAGGUGGCUGUAGUCCUUAGUGUGUCGGACCUUCAUUCAGGAGGGCUCUGGGUGGCUGUAGUCCUUAGUGUGUCGGACCUUCAUUCAGGAGGGCUCUGGGUGGCUGUAGUCCUUAGUGUGUCGGACCUUCAUUCAAGAGGGCUCUGGGUGGCUGUAGUCCUUAGUGUGUCGGACCUUCAUUCAAGAGGGCUCUGGGUGGCUUUAGUCCUUAGUGUGUCGGACCUUCAUUCAGGAGGGCUCUGGGUGGCUGUAGUCCUUAGUGUGUCGGACCUUCAUUCAAGAGGGCUCUGGGUGGCUUUAGUCCUUAGUGUGUCGGACCUUCAUUCAGGAGGGCUCUGGGUGGCUUUAGUCCUUAGUGUGUCGGACUUUCAUUCAGGAGGGCUCUAGGUGGCUGUAGUCCUUAGUGUGUCGGACCUUCAUUCAGGAGGGCUCUGGGUGGCUGUAGUCCUUAGUGUGUCGGACCUUCAUUCAGGAGGGCUCUGGGUGCCGGGGGUAACCCCUUCCUGUUCGGGAUCGGCAUGACUCUGAAUAUCACUCCAGGUCACUUUGGAUAAAAGUGUCAGCACGAUAACUAAAUAGUGGACUUAAUAAGACUUAAUAAUCGUUUUUUAUAGCUACAGUCUCAAAGUUUACAGUCCCAUUCUAAUGACAACCCAUAACCCUCACCCAAAGAAAUAUAAACAUUAUUCCCCAAGACCCAUUGGGUUAGAGAAGGACCCUCCAGAGGGAACAGAUGCUCCCAUUAUGGUAUGGCAGGGUGUGCAGGUGCUGACUGGGUCGGAGCCAACACUGUCCGGUACUCCGGUCACUGGAUAGUAUCCAAUAUAAUAUAAUGAAGAAUCUGUCCAUUAAAACAAACAUUAUACAAAGGGGUGGUUAGACCCAGUUUGUAGCUCAUUGAGUAGUAAGUUCUUGCUCUUUUAUUUGAACCUCACUUUUUGUCUAUGCUGUGAAGAACCAUACGAUUUGAAUUGCUUAGAAAAGGACAUUGAGACUCCUCUGUUGUUGUCUGGAAACCGGCUUUCCCAUGUCCACCCACCCCCACCGCCCAAAGUAAUCUGAUUACAAGACUGUGGGAUAAACAGUAACGUCUUGUGUAAAUCUGGACUACAGGACUA